AUGUUGCGCUUGCAGAAGGACAAAAUCCCUUCCCUCACACAAAAAAUUCAGCGUAUUGAAGUGGACCAGGUUGCUUUAAGGUUGGUAAUGGGACAAUGUCCUCCCAUGGGGUGCUCAGAGCAGACCACAUGGCGGUCCUCCGACAGAAGGGAAUGGGUGGGGUCACUCAGGAGGAUGACUUUCAAGUCUCCAUCCCCAUCCUCAACAUGCUCUACCUGAGGCAGAUGCCUCACUCUGCCUGAUGAGAAGGCCGGCCCAACCCAUGGCACAGAAGCUCUAGGGCAGUUGAGGAUUUAUAGAUAUGCACAAAAGUAGCGUCCCUUGUGGUGGAUGAUCCCCCCCAGUCAUUAACAUAAUUAACUGAGAGAAGAUCUUUGAAACAUGACAAUGAAUUGCCCUUGAUGAAUUCUCGUGUUUAAAUUUAUUACAUUGUGUCCGCUGUCAAAUGUCUCCUACUCCCUGAUUAAACUGUAGAAGCUGUGAUGCCAUGCAGGCCAACAUGUCAUGUGGCGACUGCUGACACAUUCCCUUCUUUCUACCUCUCUCUAUAUGUGUCUCAUCACAAGCAAAAGGAACUGUUUAAUAAUCUAAUGGGGGGGGGGAUAAUCUGUGUUAUUACCUCAUUCUUAAGCGUUUAGCUCUGUUGUAUUUUUUGGAUGGAAGUCACAUUUAUUUAAAUGAAGGAAUAGCCCUACCCACGCCCCUCAAAAAAGGGCUGUGUAGAAAACACGGGGGGGGGGGGAGAGGAGAAAAGAGCUUGCAAUUCAAUCUUUGAUCUUCAGAUGUAGAACCCAACUCAUGUUUGCUUUAUUUUCCACACACACUUCUUUCAUUCCUAUCUGGACACGUUCAUGGCAAAGCUAUAAAACAUCCAGGAAACUGAAAGUUAAGGCAGUCCAUUUCCCUCUCCCAGCCUUUGAAACUGGAGGAAAAGGCAAGAGUCUUAGCUAAGUGAAAUUUCAGGACACUCUUGUUCCUCAAUUUCCUGCCAUCUUUUAUGUUCUGUGUCAGAUUAUCACGUAACCACUAUUGAAAGACACCCUCACUGUGUUGAUAAUAUUGCUAUAGUUAUUUAUGAAGGAUAUGGUGAAAGAAAAUAAUCGUAACAAAUGCUCUUAAAACCUGCUCUUCUUUAGCAAAUUACACUGGGCAACAAUUUUUUACUUUUUGAAUGUUGUCUAGAUUUCUACAACUGAUUUAGGGUAUUUUUGCACUGCUGAAUCAGGAAAUGGCAUCCGUUUCUCUCCAUCAGGUCAGGUUUACUGUAAACUGAGUGGUGGGCAUUGAUAAAGGUAAGUACACGUAAAUUGCAUGUUGCUUCACCAUUUUUCAAACUUCAGGGAUUGAACUUCCGUUUCUUGGAACUCCUGGAAUGCUCAGCAGCAGGGAGGUCUCUCUUCAGAGUCCAACAGUAGUCAGCCAUCAUGACUGCGUCCCAGCGACCCUGAUACCUGGUCUCCAUCUCUUUCAUGUCCUGAUUUCCCUGCUCUCCCCCUGCUCGUCACUCAUUGAACCCAGGUUCUCAGGAAACCGGCCCAUAUGUGAAAAUAGGUAGUGCAUCUUGAUGCUCAUAUAGCAGCCCAGGUUUCUGAAAGCAGUCAGCAUGUUGUUGACAAGUUCUGCGUAGUUUCUGGCCUUAUUGUUGCCAAGAAAGUUCUUCACUACCAGAACAAAUGCCUUCCACACUUCCAGUUCCACUUCAUUCAUUGAGUUUCCGAACUCUGGAUCUCUGAUGAGCUGACGGAUCUGAGGACUGUCAAAGAUGCCAGCUUUCAACUUCUCCAUGGUCAAUCCUGGAAAAGCCUGGCACAAGUAAGUGAAGCAGUCACCAUCCUUGUCCAGAGCCUUGGUGAACUGCUUGAUUAAGCCGAGCUUGAUGUGCAGCAGUGGGAAGCGUAUUCUGUCUCUGUCCACCAGAGGGUCAUUGAUGACGUUCCUUUUUUUGCAAGGCACCAGUUCCCCCCACACAGGCCAGUCCUUCUUCGUGUAAUGCUGAGCACGGUCCCUACUAUCCCACAUGCACAGAAAACAUGGGUACUUGGUGAAGCCAGACUGUUGUCCCAACAAAAAGUUCACCAUCUUCAGAUCAACACAAAUAAACCACUUAUGCUGAUCAUAACCAAUUUGCUUCAGCACAUACUUCACCGCUUCAUAGUUCUCCUUCAGUGUAGUCGAGUGAGCCAGGGGUAUAGAGGCAAACUGGUUGCAGUUGUGUAGCAGAACACAUUUCAGUGAUCGCUUGCUGCUGUCAAUGAACAGCCUCCAGUCUUUGGGUUCGUACUGUGGCACUCCAAGCUUGAGCAGAAGCUGCGCAAUAUCUGCACAGUACACCAAGUCCUUCUCUUCCGAGAAAAAACGGAGGUACUCUUGAUGCCUGUUGCGGAAGAAACUGAUGCGAGCACUGUCAGAGAGGAGUUUUUUUCCCCUUCAAUCUGGAUGCCAACAGUUCGGCAGAGUCCUUUGACAAGCUGAGGUCGCGAACUAGAUCAUUCAACUCCUUUUGGGAAAAUGGAUGUGGAGCAUCAUCUUCAAGAACCAUCACUUCUUCUUCAUGUCCUUCAACACUGGAGGCAUCUUCGUCACUAAUGUCAGGAAGUUCUCCGAAGAUAGGCACUGGAAUUUCAUCACAAUGAGCUACAGGACGACGUGCUGAUUGAAGAUAAGGAUACUUCGUGGGGCGGCUGCCCCAUUAACUUAGUUUUGAUCCCCCAACUUUAUGCUUUGCCGCACCAAUUUAUGGAAGAUUUCGAGGUUUUAUCACUUCAAACUGAUCCCUUUUCGACAUAAUCACCCAGAACUAUCGGACCUGAAUACUUCUUGUCAUUAAAAUAAUCAUUUCCAAUCAAAACAAUUAUUCAACAUGGCAUUUUACCCCCACCAACUUCUUCUAAAAUGCUCCACAUAAGCGUACAUGUGAACAAAAACAUAAAAAAGACAUGUGGCCAUAGCUCAAAAACUUGACCAGAUUGAGCAAAACCAAUGUGAUUUUUGGAUUCAGCGCAUCAGAUUCGUCCUAAAUCAACUGAAAAAACGCAGGCAACAAAUUUGUUGUUGACCAGUGUUAUCUUUGAAUUCUCCAAGAGCUAACUAGAACUGUCCUGCAGAAUCUUUUUGCAUCCUGCAAACUGGGCAAGUUGACCCUCUCCUAGGACAGGAAUACCCUUUAUCGAAAGCAUCUAUGGCAGAGAUGUCAAACUGAUGUAUAUUUAUACAUAUACAAGAUACUUAUGCAUAUUUAUUAGGGCUGUCAACUGCCUGAACUGAUCACCUUCCAUUAAACCAAUUAAUUUUUCAACUAGUUUUUCAAAUAAAUCUGCAUAUUACCAAAAUAUAGCAGAUUUUCUGAGAUCCUGAUCAAUGUAGAGCAGGCAUGGCCAAACUUGGCCCUCCAGCUGUUUUGGGACUACAAUUCCCAUCAUCCCUGACCACUGGUCCUGUUAGCUAGGGAUGAUGGGAGUUGUAGUCCCAAAACAGCUGGAGGGCCAUGUUUGGCCAUGCCUGAUGUAGAUGAUAACUCACAAUUUCAUAAGCGGUAGUCAUUCUCAGAAGCAAAAGUGAUUUUUAGUAUUUUGUUUCACAUCCUGUUAUAAUAACAUACCAGAAUCAAACUAGCCUUAAACGUUCCCCACCCAAAAAGUGUCCUCAAUCUGCAUUUGCAAUUUGAUUCAUCAUUUAAAGCUGUGCUUAGCAUUUACAUUUCCCAACAGGUUAAAUGCUAUUUAUUUCCUGGAUAGGCUUCUUUGUUGGAUCUCUUUAGCAGGUAUAAUUAAUAUCAGUAUAAUCUGCGUUACACAAAUAUAUGACUCUACCUCUUUCACAAGCCCAUUAAUAUUUUUUUCUCCACAUACUUAAGGAUAGCAUCUUUUAUGUUCAUUCAUAAUGUUUCUUUUUUAAAAACAAAACAAAACAGUUUGCUUCCCUUAUAGUGCAAUCCUAUGCAUGCCUACUCAGAAGAAAGUCCCACUCAGCUCAGCAGGGUUUACUCCCAGAUAAAUGUGUUGAAUUUCAAAAUAUUACCUUCUUACAUAUCACACCCUGAAACUCCUGAUUGCAUUAGUACUUUUUAGCCAAUUGUUGACUGGAUCACCCAAUAGCGUACAACUGCUCUGAAGUUGUAAUCGCAGUCCAUUUUACUAAUCCCACUGCUAUGUAGAUAUCCAAAGUCCAUGUGAUAAAAAGUCUCUGGAAAGUUUCAGGGAAAGAACAAGCCUGUUCAGUUUGCCGCCUUCCUCUUGAAAACCAGAAAACCUCUUCCACAAACCCAGAGGAUAAUAACAGUUCAAACAUUUCCAUAUAAAUUUCAGGUUUCUGUAAUAAUUUCUUGGUUAACAACAAUCUUACGUGCCCAGACACAUAAAAGUAAAUCCCACUGUGUCCGAUGGGCCUUGCUUGCUUUUAGGAAAGUGUGCCAGGGACAGAAAUUUAUUGUAACACAGAAGAUGACCAAACAAGAAAGCUACUUCCCAUUCAAUCACUUUUGUUUGUAUGAAAAAAAUAAACAAAUGCACAUUUGUUUCCCAUUAAAUACACUAUGAUCCAAAUGUCAUUCUGCAAGGUUUUAUUGCAGGGUUAUUGCACUGAAACGGAAUGAUCUUGUACCUGGGGAAAUGCGAUGAUUCCCAGAGAAAACACAUUAAUGGUAAUGAUUAUUAUAAUGCUAACAUUUUGUACAAAGUGCAUAGGAAGAUGCCUUUAACUGAGUCACAACACUGAUCCCACCUAGCCCAGCUUGUAGUGUCUCAAGGAGAGAAAUUUCCCCAACCCUUGAUCCUUUAAUCCAAGAUGCCAGUGAUGAUACCUAGUGCCCCAUCUCUGCAAAGCUUGUCAUGCUCUACUCCAAAACUUUGAACAUACGAAGGUGCCUUGUAAUACCAAGACUGACUUCACACAUUCACUGUGCACUCAUUGCAUUUCCAGUGCUGGAUUUUUAAUCUGAAUUCACACACACGCACAUUAUCCUAAAUACAUAUGAUAUCCCGUACUUUCUUAUAAAAUACUACCAUUUUAUAUGUUGUUUCUCAAACCAGCUUCACACCGAUUGAAGUCCUUAAGCUGCUCCUAAUUCGUCUCUAGCCACAGUGUGAAUAAGACAUCCCUGGCCUGUCAACACACCUGGGGAGGAUACAAAAACAUAAAUGAAUCUAACCCUGAUGAACCUGUGCUGAUGUGAGCAGCUAGUGGGGAAAGAGAUGGAAAAUUCACUGAGAAACAUCAGCUUCACUGCAUCCUAAGGUGGUAAUGUGAACACACAUUGGCCUAUCCAGUCCAGCACUGUCUGCUGUGAUUGGCAGGUCAGGGUCUCAGGCUUAACUCUUUCCCAUUGGCUGCUACCUGAUCCUUUUAAUGCGAGAUGCCAGGAAUUGAACGCGGACAUAAAUUGUGACACAGAGCUAUAUAGUACCUAGUUAAUGGCAAACUACCCCAUUUCCCAUUAUGUCCUUAAGUUUUGCAAUAACCUUUAAACUGCUUUUGAAAAUAACAAACCUUAGAUCAGGGUGGCGAACCAGUUUGGCCCUCCAGUUGUUGCUGAACUACAACUCCCAUGCUGGGUGGGGUUCAUGGGAGUGUAGUUUGGCAACAUCUGGAGGGCCACAAAUUAGCCUGCCUUCCUUUAGAUGUAAGUUCACUGCGCCCGAGAGCAAAGCUAACAUACUUUUUAAAAGCAGUGAUUAGAUAUUAAUGGGAUCUGCACCAUAUUGUAUUAUCCCAGAAGAAGAGGCAGCAACAGCUCAGUGAAACAGUAUAACCUUUACAUGAGAGGUUCCCACUCCAUGGACUGCUUGAAAAUUGCUGAGGGUCUCAGUGAAUCACUGAAUAAACUUCCUUUGUUCUACAAAAUAAAGCACCUAAAUCGUUGCUGGCAUCUGUCUGUCUCAGGAGACAAAUAACUCUAAUUUUAAUAACCAUAGUGUUGCAUUUCUAAUACAGUGGACGUGCUCUUGGAUUAAAUACAAAUACAAAUAGAAUAUUUUCCCCCUUCUGUUCUGGCAUAAUUCUCAAAACCACUGCAGUAUUAUGAAAAUCAUGGAGGCCGCAGCUUUCUUAGCUUGUUUCAUCAUCUAGCCCUGCUUCAAAAUGGCCUCGAUUUCCAUGGUGGGUAGGGAACCGCAAUCAAGUACAGGCCCAACUACAGCUAUUCUAGAAUGUUCUACAACCUUGUUAUAGAUUACCUGAAUGCGGCUCACAGACCAGAGUUUGAGAGCCUCUGCUUCACAUGUAUAAUAAGACUGAAGAUUUCCAGUUAAAAGAACUGAAGGUAGCAGGGCUGGAUCUAGACACGUCAAAGAAGCGAUUCAGUUAGAUGUGUUGUAAACUCGUACAAGGAAAUCCAGUAGGGAAAGACGGGACUCCACAGUGCCAUUUGGUGUCACACUGUUAUCUUCCUCUUCUUUGGUGAUCACUCGUAGCCAAGUAAGAUUGUCUUCCAUAAAUAUGGUAUUAACAGUGAGUCCGUAAGUGACUGUGGAGGCCAAUUCUGGAUCCACAUGUCUUUCCAUAGUGGGUACAUAGGUUUCCGGGUGGGAGUUGAUCACAGUGAGGGUUUGCCAAGCGUGCCUUCCUCUUAGCACAUUUCUCCCUUUCGUCCUGAGUUUGAGUGUCUUCAAAGCCCAUGACACCUUUGGUAAAGACUGUUCUCUAACUGGAGCGCUCGCAGACCAGUGUUUCCCAGUUGUCUGUGUUAUAUACUACAUAUUUUUAGAUUUGCCUUGAGAGAGUCUUUAAACCUCUUUUGUUGACCACCAGCAAAACACUUCCCAUUUUAAAGUUUGGAAUAGAGUAGUUGCUUUGGAAGACGAUAAUUAGGCAUCCGAACAACAUGACCAGUCUAACAAAGUUAAUGUUGAAGAAUUGUUGCUUUGACACUGGUGAUCUUUGCUUCUUUCAGUACAGUGGCAUUAGUUCGCCUGUCUUCCCAAGUGAUAUGUAAAUUUUUUCGGAGACACUGUUGAUGGAAUCUUUUGAGGAGUUGGAGAUGGCAUUUAUAAGUGGUCUGUGUUUCACAAGCAUACAGUAAGGUUGGUAGUACAAUAGCUCACUCACUGGAUCAUCACCUUGUUGUGGUGAGUGGGCUUGUACAUUCCUAUGACCCUUGUGAGCGAAGCAGUCAGGAGUCUUGUACACAGUGGUAUAUCACAUAUGCAACACAUAUAAAACACUUUUUCUUUCUUUCAACACAUAUAAAACCAAUCUAGCUGAGUCCCAGGUCUCCGCCUGAGGUUAUGGGAAGUUGUUACCAAAGCAGAGAAUACUGGGCUGUACUCAAUAUAAGGCAGGGGCAUAUGUGAAUGAAAGGUGAAGGUCAAAGGAUACAGUGAAAUCAGUGGAGAGUGUUCAACAGCAGUACUUGGCCAAAGUCUCCCAAUCUCAACAACUAGAUUAAGAACAUAAGAAAAUGUGUGCUGGAUCAAACCAAAGGUCCAGCAUUCUCCAGUGGCCAACCUAUGGGAGGUCCAUAAGCAAGACUUGGGUGCAACGGCACUUGCCCCACGUGUGAUUCCCAGUAGCUAGUAUUCAGGAGUACGUAGCUAUUGUAGCUAGUAGGCACUGAUAGCUUCAUCCUCCACAAAUCUGUCUGAGUGCUUCAUGCGAAAGUGGUUUCAACAUUUCAAGAACAACCCCAGCUUCUAUUGUCUACAGGAACUGCAUUCCUGAAUAUGUCACAAUGGCCUUAUCUUAAAACAGUUGACAUUUUUUAAAGGAAAAAAAUCACAUUAUUGUAUAAAUUAUAGAUAAAUCUUACAACAGUAUUUUGGUAAAUAAUUGUGGUUACGAAUAAAUCAUUACGGUUUCAACAAAGGCAUGUGCCUGGACAUUAUCUUGUACUUUGCUGUUCCCAUGCACCACAAAUAAAACCUGUUUCCUUGAAAACAAUGGCUAAUUAGUCUUCCUUCUUUGCUAUGUAUUAGAAUCAUAGAAUCAUAGAAUCAUAGAGUUGGAAGAGACCACAAGGGCCAUCGAGUCCAACCCCCUGCCAAGCAGGAAACACCAUCAGAGCACUCCUGACAUAUGGUUGUCAAGCCUCUGCUUUCAGACCUCCAAAGAAGGAGACUCCACCACACUCCUUGGCAGCAAAUUCCACUGUCGAACAGCUCUUACUGUCAGGAAGUUCUUCCUAAUGUUUAGGUGGAAUCUUCUUUCUUGUAGUUUGGAUCCAUUGCUCCGUGUCCACUUCUCUGGAGCAGCAGAAAACAACCUUUCUCCCUCCUCUAUGUGACAUCCUUUUAUAUAUUUGAACAUGGCUAUCAUAUCACCCCUUAACCUUCUCUUCUCCAGGCUAAACAUGCCCAGCUCCCUUAGCCGUUCCUCAUAAGGCAUCGUUUCCAGGCCUUUGACCAUUUUAGUUGCCCUCCUCUGGACACGUUCCAGUUUGUCAGUGUCCUUCUUGAACUGUGGUGCCCAGAACUGGACACAGUACUCCAGGUGAGGUCUGACCAGAGCAGAAUACAGUGGCACUAUUACUUCCCUUGAUCUAGAUGUUUCAACAUCAUAUUAUGGAAGUCAAAGUUGUAUCUACCAGACCCCAUGCAACUAUUUCACUGUAGAUGGUGGAUUCUUUUUGCCACAAACCAACAGUCUUAUGCCACCUUAAAUACACAUUUAUUACGAUAUAAACUUGCACAGACUAGAUUCCACUUCUGAUGGGGCACAACAGUUUAUGCCAAAAUAAAUGUGAUAGGCUGCAAUCCAAACCCGUAAUCUGGGAUUAAGCCACACUGAAUUAAACAGGACCCACUGUUGAAUAGACAUGGUUAGGAUUGCAGCCUAAGUAUUUAAGAAUCCUGAAAACUCUUUGUUUUUGCUACAGAAGACUAACACAUCUAGCUCUCUGGAUAGUUCUUCCCACUUCUGUGCAACUGCUGUUUCUGUAGCUAUAAAAACACAACAAUAAUUUCUAGGUCUUCUGGUUCUACCACAUCUUUUCUCAAAAAACCUAAAUAAAACUAGGAUAUUCUAGUGGGAUCCUAUAUUGGAUCAUCCUAUCAAUGAUCCAAUCAUAAUUUCCAGUAUUUUGACAUUUUUGAACAUUUCCCUGUAAUCAACAAGGGGAAGGUCGUACCUUUGUUUCCUGUACCACCAGCAAUUGUUCCAGGACUGAUUACCGUAUUUUUUGCACCAUAACACUCACUUUUUUCCUCCUAGAAAGUAAGGGGAAAUGUCUGUGCGUGUUAUGGAGCGAAUGCCUACGGAUGGCGGGGGGAUCUGCUGCAGUCGUGAGCAGAGGAUCCAUGGUUCCCCUUCCUUCCCUCCUCUGUGGCUCGCUUUGAAACAGCAAAGCAGGAGAAGAGCCGCUGAGUGGGGAGGAGAGAGGGACAGAGAGCCUGCUUGCUUUAAAGGAGCAAAGCGGGAGAGGAGAGGAGCCUUCUCAUCUUAUACCCCUCUUCUGCAUUAUUAACAGCAUCCUUCUCCACCCACCCCACACGUGUUCCUUGUCCCUUGAGUGCUUUUCCUUCCCUCCCCACUUAAAACGUGGUUACAAAGCACGGAUCCACAUGGAUCUCAGGAUUUUUGCACUGGGUCAUCCCAAAUUCACCAUCAGAUCACAUAGCAUGUCCAUGGCUACAGCUUGCACCAAAAAAAUCAUGUACCCACUGUUGCCUGGGGCCGCAGUGGUGCAAAAAUGUGGUUACAAAGCACGGAUCCACAUGGAUCCUCAGGAUUUUUGCAUUGGGCUACCCCAAACUCACCGUCAGAUCACAUGUCUGUGGCCACAGCAUGAACCACAAAAAUCAUACAUCCACUGUUUCGUUUAGAAUAUUUUUUUUCUCGUUUUCCUCCUCUAAAAACUAUGUGCAUGUUAUGGUCAGGUGCGUGUUAUAGAGCGAAAAAUACAGUAAAUGUAUUUUAUCGAAGCCUUUACAGAAUAAUACACCAAUGGUGAUGACUCUCAUCAAGCAAAACUAUACUUUUUGGCAACUCCAGAGCCCAUCUGAGAGACUAUUGUUCAAAUCCAUUACCCAUUUACCUUGAUAGGCAUGUUAGUUUUAAGACCCAUAGCCACUCCAAGAAGUUGACUAGAAAUAUUACUUCUGGGUUAGUUCUAAACCCAGUUUUCAUUUAUGGGCUAAUUCUAAUCUUAAGGGGAGGAACUAGAUUGUUUGUGCUCAACACAUCUGUUUCAAUUUCAGCUUCUGUUUUCUUGUUACUCAUUUAGGCAACAAAAUUUUAAGGAGAGAGGAUGUCAUGAGGUUUACCCGUAUGAUUAAAUGGUGGCAUUUCGUAGCAUGUAGCUGCUGAUCAUUUGGGUGUUGUAAUUGUUAUUUUUUAUUCAAUUUAUUCAUGGCUUGCCACGUGAAAAGUCUCUGGGCGAUUUAAGAAGCUUCGAAAACACAAAGCACAAAAUCAAAAAGGGGAAAUGGAAGAAAACAGAACAAUACAAUGAGAACCACAGCAGAAUCCCUAGAACAGCAUUCUAUGGUUAUACAUUUAUAGUGCAAACUGAUGCAUGGAAUGCAGCUCCCCAGAAUAAACUAAACUGGGCCCUGUGAUUAGAAGAGAGACCCUAUUAGUGGUCCCACACGCGGCUGCUGUCUGCUUGGUGUUGACUUUCCUGGUGGAUCCCCAUCUAUCGAAUGCCCACCUGGUGAGAUCUGUCUCCCACACUACUGAUUUUCAGGAGAAAUUUAGAGACAUUCCAAAUUACCCAGACAUUUGAUGGCUGAUAGAUAUUGGUCAUGGCAACUUUGAAAUUAACAACCAUGAGGUGUGUUCUUUAAAAAUAAAAUAAAGAAGAAUAUGUUUAGAUAGUUUUUGUUUUUAAAUGUUCUAGAUGGUUUUACUUGUUUUAAAUGUUUUUCUUCAAGCUCUAUUGUUUUGACAUUUUCAUGUUUGCCACCCUUUGGGCUCCUUUGGGAGUAAAGGAAGGAUACAUCUAAUAAUAAUAUUUAUGUAAAGUAUGCUGUAGUCAGCGAGGCUUGUUCCCCAAUAAGUAGUUUUAGGAAUGCUGUCUUAAGAGUUCUUUUGAUAAAAUUUUAGGAACCUUUGGUGAAACAUCCCGACAGUAUGUUAAUUACUAAUUAACUUGAAAAAUGGAUGGGCAAUUUUCAUUUAAUAAAUAAAAUAAUAAAAUAAAUUGUCAGUGUUCUCGUGGUACGUUUCUGUUCUAUCACGUUUCUUUUUGCAGUGUAUUUCCAAUUUUUUUAUAGAAACUAUGGAUAGUUGUUGUAUAGCUGCUAGUGUCACACUCUAUUGCCCCAAUCUAUCACUGUAGUAUUGUAAACUUCAACCAAAUGUUCCCACAGUAAAUUCAGGUUUUACUGGCAUGAUGCAGCAGGGCUGUUCUUACCUUUGGUGUGCUGCAUUUUCAUAUGCUUCGUAUCUAUUUACCUCUAGGUAGGUACCUGUGACAAAUGUUUUCUUUUCAUUUAAUCUACAGCAGGAAUGGCCAAUUUCCUGCAGUCCAAGAGUCCAGAAGUUGCAGCAAUCAGAUUUCCUUAUGGAUAGUUAGGGUCUGCCUAAUAAGAUUGGCAUCAAGAAUUUCACAGGUAAGGAGCAAAUGAACUCAUUUGCAGGGGGAGGCAAUGGAAUAAAUCUGCUUCUUCAAAGGUCCCUUGAAGCAGCAGAUUUGCAGUGGUCGUUCACAUUCUGGAAUACUGGGACUGUGUCAGUACAAAGGGGAAAAGAGAAGCACAGAAAGCAAAGCCUUUGUUCAUAUUUUUGGAACCACCUUCAUUUUGGGUAAAACAACCAUAGCUCAGUGGAAGAGAAUACCAUCUGCCUACACAAAACCCCUAGCAUUUCCCAGCUGGAAAAGACUCCUGCUUGGAAUUCCAGAGAGACUAGCAGUUCCCUAUUUUCCCCAUGGACUGCUUGAAAACCGCUGGGGGGGCUUGGUAGAAAUCAUUAUGCGAUUUCCCUGCCUGCCGUAGUAAUUGUAAUAUGCUGUGCUUAGAUGCAGCAUGGAUUUUUAAUUGUCUUUUUAUUGCUCAUUUUGUUCCUUAAAUAUUGUAUUGCAAUUUCGAUUCUGUAGAAUCCGAAUUGUAACACAGCUAAACACAGUACAAGAAGUGAAAGCGAUAAAAAUGCAAUUAAAAAUCAAUACGAGUAUGUAAUGUGAUGGAUGUUCCAUAUCCUGUCUUCCAUCACAAAACAACAGAUGUGCCACAGACCGCCUGAAUGAAGCUUGUGGAUCACCAGUGAUCCACAAACCAACCUCUGCUGUAGGCACUGCUAUAAAACAGCUUGGAUGUUCCUACAUAGAGCUCUUCAAGGAAAGUAAUACUUUGGUGGAAAGUUUACAUAUGUUAAUCAACAGAAGGAAGUGGAAUAAAAAGUAUCAUAUCAUCAUACAGAACUGUUUUAUAUCAAUAUUCAGGAUGUCUAGCCCAGUAUGGAGAAUCUACUACUUUGACUGGCAACAGCUCUUCAAGAUGGAAGGCACUGAGGUCUUCCUAAGUUCUGCUGUCCAUUUAUGUUCUCUCUACCCAUGAUAUACCGUACUUGAUUCCCUCCAGCGGUUUGGGUUUGUGGUCUGAGAAAUAGGUAUCUACUGUUUAUUUUGUUUAAGCAGAUCUUUGUUAUACAUAAUAUUUGCUUAGGGUUUUUUUAAAUCAUACUGGCUCAAGCGGAACGACAGAAACUUUGUGCAACUGAGCUUCUGGCACCAUCAUACUUUUUUGCAGGUUGACCACAAAUGGGUUUAUUCCGAAAUGAAGUCUCACAGAAGUUUGUAGGAAAUAGGUUUUAGAUAAGAUAUGCACAGAGCUGCAGCCUUGGGCAGCACAAUUACUUGCAUGCAAAUUCUGUGAAAAUCAAUGGGAAACUUCCAACUAGAUCCAGCUUAAAACUGUGAGUAUUUUUCCACGGCUGAAAUAUAUUGUUCAAGUGUGGAGUUCAGGUUCCAUUUGGGAUAUUAGAAAAGAGAACUGGCACACAAAUCUUGGUUAUCUUCCAUUGGCUAAUUUACUGUUAAUAGAUGAGUGUGCAGAUUGUUUAUUUCCCCAGAUCACACAGAAUUGAAAGACAACUUCUCAGCUUUAUCUAAUGCAAAAGGUAAAGCUAAAGGGUCCCCUCACCAUUAGGUCCAGUUGGAGACAACUCUGGGGUUGCGGCGCUCAUCUCACUUUACUGGCCGAGGGAGCCAGCGUACAGCUUCCAGGUCAUGUGGCCAGCAUGACUAAGCCGCUUCUGGCGAACCAGAGCAGCGCACGGAAACGCUGUUUACCUUUCUGCUGGAACAGUACCUAUUUAUCUACUUACACUUUGACGUGCUUUUGAACUGCAGGUGGGCAGGAGCAGGGACCGAGCAACGGGAGCUCACCCCGAAGCGGGGAUUCGAACCACCGACCUUCUAAUUUUUUAAAAAAACACUUCUGAUAGUAGCUAAAACCCCUGCUGGUUAAUAUACUAAAAAUGUGAGAAGUGCAACAACAACAACAAAAUAUGUUUCUGUCUUACCUGCCUGACAAAGAAAGUUCUAGUUGUCUGAUGUCAGUACAAAAUUUGACACAUAAAAUAUGCCAUCUUUCCUGUUUACUAUUUAUUUUCUAGGAGGAACUUUGCAACAAGCAGUUAUUCCAAGCCACUUUUAAGCUUCUUAAUAGGCAUAACUGGUCCAAAGUAAAAGUUGUUCAUGUAAAAAAAUAAAACCAAAAUUCUCAAACCCUCUUAUUAGAUUUAUGGGAGCUGUAACCAGCCAUAAAGCUAAAAAAACACUAGCAGCUCAUGUAAAUAAAUAAAAUUCUGGUGCUUAUUUUCCUCCCUUGCCCCCUUCAGUUCUAGCUAAUAUGCAUUCCACAGCAUAUUUUAAAAAUAAAAUACGGAAAAUGCAAAACUAAUUUAAGUGCUAUUUGUAAAAAUGGCCUUAGAUUUGAGGAUUAAGCUGUAUGUGGCACAGCCACGCCAGACAGUUCUAGAAUCAGUUGUCAAGGCAUCUCUGAGAUUUCAGUAGGGUUUUCUACCCCAUAUACGUAUGUGAUACUACAGGCUCCUUUGAGUCUCGCUUUCUGUGUAUGCACCUGUAAAUGUUGCUAGUGGAGUGUUUACUGUUUUAAAUUCCAUGUAGAUUUUAAGUCAUGCAGAUUUCAAAUUCUCCUUACAAAGGUUCUCAGUCCCCAAGUGCUCUCUGGGUCAGGUGCAAAAAUCUAUAUAAGCAAGCAAACCCCAGGGGAUUCUCAUAAAAUCAAAUAAUUGAUUUUCCAAUCCCCGCAAUGCAGAAAUCUACUAGAUAUAGAAUUUACUUGGACAUGGUGAGUUGGGUCCAGAUUUAGCCAUGCUUAGAGAAGGCCCGUGAAUUCCAUGGGAGUAAGGUUAGUUUAAGUGUCACUGAUUUCAUCUGCUUGAAGCAUUUUACAUUAAGUUUUAAGGGGCAGAGUGUUAUGCUCCUAAAGUUGGGAAUAUAUGUGUGCUCCGUCUAACAUGAGUUUUCCAACCUCUCAUAAGUAGAAAAUAGCCAUCAUCUUCUGUUUCGAGAGAUCCUAAGCAGGCUUACUCGGAAGUUGCGCUGAAGUCAACAGAUCAGGCUUGCCAGUCAGUGCCUAGAGACUGGCGCAUGUCUGCCUCGCAAUACUCAGCCACGCAGCGCCCACAGUCCUUUCCGGAGUGGACAUCGUGGGUUUAUUUCAUUUGGCACAAGUCACGUUAGACGUCUGCACGUGCGCGCGCCUUUUUUCUUUUGCACCCUGACGGAAAUGCGUCAAAGCAGGCGCCUCCCGGCAGUCUACAUCCUUUUUAUUCUCCUUAUGCACGGGGAAGCGUGGGGGACACGCAAGAAACCUUGACGGAAGGAGGAUGCAAAAGCAGCCCUUCUUCCUUCGCCCUCGAUUGCAUCGCCCUUUGCCUUGAAAUUCGGGUGGGGAGCUAUUUGCGAUGGGGGGGGGGAUCACCACAUCGCCUGCAUUCAGACGAAUCUGCCCCGAGUCGAGAGACCACCCCCCCCCAGCUCAAAGAAUAGCAAAGCGUCAUUUGAAACAGUCCCAGAGGAGCGGAGUUCGAGGAGGAACUUUUAUUUUAUUAUUCUUCUCCCAUCACAAGCGUGGAAAAAUGGUUUCCCCUUUGCAAAAUAAUUGACCUUCCUGCACUGCAGGUUGUUGGAAUAGAUAACCCUCGGGAUCCUAGGAUUCCAAUGAAUCCUGAGCACACACGCUUAGAACUUCUUCGGCGCGAAUGAUAGGAUCAGGCUGCGUGAAUUAUCCUUCACCGCAUUCCCCAAAGGCAAGUUUAUUUGGAUUCGGAACAGAAAUCCAGUUGAUCGCGACAGAACCUUCCAAAGUGGAAUCGCAAAUAAGAUAGGAUCAGAACAUUACCAUUUAAAAAAUAAAAUAAAAUGAGGGGGAAUGACGGAUGUCUACAAUAUGCUAAGAUAAGCACAAACAACUCUAGUAGAAAAUUUAGGGCGGCAAUAGUGUGUGUGCGGGGGCGGCGGGGAAGGAGAGAUGUUCUUCGAUGACUUUAGAGUCUUUUUUUUGCCGUAAAGCGGGCAGACGGGAUUUACGUAUAUGUGGUAUGUUCGAUUCAGUUAUCCCACUGACCCCAAUUUCUCGGCUGUCUUUUCUCGUGCGGUUUCGGUCCAUUUGAGAGAGGGAGAGGAACGCUCUUUUUUGAGAGUGGCCGGGUCGCCCAAAAGUUUUCAACGAUCCCUGGGGAUUCUGGAUUUAAGGUUUUCACGCUCUCCCGAGAGAUAUAUUGCGCGGGCGCGAAAUCGGGGGAUUGGGACGCGACGGGACACACGCGGCUGUUCAUUAAAGAAAGAAAACCGAAAAAUCAAAGAAAUGGGGUGUUGGGGACGUUGUCGGCGGAUCUCGCGAGGUAGGCGCGGAUACACCCGAUCCCACACAAAAAAACCACACACAGUCUAGACACAAAUCUCAAAGGAGGGGACAGAUCCCCCCCCGUCCUUUAACUCCUUUAGCUACACAAAAUGGCAAGGCACCAUCCGCAAAGUUCCAAUCAGAUCCUCAUUAGAAAGAGAAGGGAAUAAUAAUAAUGAUGAUAAUAAUAAUAAUUUAUUAUUUAUACCCCGCCCAUCUGGCUGAGUUUCCCCAGCCACUCUGGGCGGCUCCCAAUCAAGUGUUAAAAACAGUACAGCGUUAAAUUUUAAAAACUUCCCUAAACAGGAAAGUGGGGAAAACAAAAAAACACGCCCCCCCAUCGCACCCUCCUGUCCCUCCUUCCUAAUCGCCUCUCCUUUGCCCGGCCCCGCUUUGCUGCGGGAUGCCAGCGAUCUGGAGUCAUGCGCUGGCUUGGGCACCAUUGGCUCAUGGAGGGAUCAUGCCGCCGCGAAGGGUGUUCCCACCUGGCUCGCCGCCCGGGCAAGGCGCGCGCUCCUCCUGCCUCUUAAGGAACGCGCCCGGGAAAGCGUCGCCCCGCGCCCCGCCUCCUCCUCCCUCCUGGUGUGUGUGUGGGGGGGAGUCCUUGCAUCACCGGGGAGCCCCGCCCCCUCGCCAGCCUGGGCCCCGCCCCCUGCCUCCUCCAGAUCUUGCUGAAGAAUCUAUUAAUAGCAUGACAUCAGCGCGCGAGCGGCGGCCAGAGUAAAUACCAGCGCUGCCCGCCGGGCUAUAUAAAGGGGGUGAUGCAACCUCGCGGGGAGCCAGAGACGCGGAGAGGCGCUUGGAGCGAAGGAGCCGCGGCUGCCACUACUACUACUACCGCUCCUGCUGUCCAGCGCCACCCGUCCCGCCUCGAAGGACAACCCCACUCCAUGCACCCCGCCCGAGAUUUUUAUUUUAUUCCUUAAACUCUCACCUGAGAGUCUUCCCUCUCUUCUCUUCCACCCUCCGACUCUUCGAAACUGGGAAGGAAAAGACGACUCGAAGGAGGAAAGGUGAGGAACAGGUAAGGGAGCGAGACACCGGAGGAAGGGGAAGGCAAUCGCGGAGAGAAACCGGGACAAGGAGAUCUGGGAUCUCUCACCCGCUCACUCAGGUGUUGUCUUCACUGUGGGGGUUUUUUUGGGAGGGGGUUGGUCUGUGGUAGGGAAAUAGGCUCGAGGGGAACGCGCGUCUUUCGGUACGUGCGUAUCCGUCCCGUUUCAGGUCUCGGAACUUUUUCAAUCAAAUCGAGUGUUGAGUAGGUGAGAUUUCUUCUUCUUCCGUGGAGUUAGUGAGGUGAGGGAGUCAGAAGUGAAAUCGUUCACGUUUCUUUUUCUUUCUUUUUAAAAGUGAGGCUAACUGAAAGUAAAAGUUCAUUCAUCCGAACAAAGUGUUUGACCGAUCUCUCUCGAGCGCUCUCUUUCGCGUAAGCAACAGAAACUUGUCUGUUUCCUCCUCGGGCGCUCCAAUCUUAAAAGUUUGGGCGACCACACAGUGGUUUUCAUUGAUGCUGCUGCUGUUUGUUUCUUUUGACGGAAAGAAACGGCAAGGGAAGGGGGGGGCAGUUCUGUUUAAUCCCAAGAUCGUAUAUUUCCAACUGCGUAAAAACUACGCGUGGAGAGGUUUUUGCGGCGGUUUUUCCAGGUCAUCGCCAGCUUUUUAAUUUCCCAUAACACUUUAGGGAGAAAAACAGCAACUUAUAAGUGAUAAUAAUCAAAUGAUGAUCACUUACGGUAAGUUGUGGGAUGGCGAGAGUUGGCGGAAAAGAUUCGAAAGCUUAACUUUUUUUACGAUGUGGCAAUGCCUCCAGCCGCCAGUCGGUGGCGCACGGCGUGGUAGCGAGAGCGCUCCGCUGCUUUGUAUAGGAUGCUUCCUGCUCGAUCUGUCAGAUUUGUUUUUUACUCGCCGGCGUUGAGUUAUCAGAGGAACCUGUAAAAAUAGGAAUGCAGGCGGUUUUAUGCAGAUCAGGCUUGCAGGGAUCGAUAGGACUGUUUCAAAACUUCAGUAUGUUUGGGACUUUGGAGUGUUAAACGUUUGUUUAGUGGAACUGCUAAUUCCAGAAUCCAUAGGAGGGAACUAUCUUUAUUCGGCCAAACAAAAUGCCACAAAAUAAUGUGCAAGCUUUUGAGUUCUCCAGAACUCUUCACUGGGCUAGAUUAAGCAAAGCAGGGAUGGUUCUGCCAUCUAGCCUGAUGAGGAGUUCUGGAGAACUUAAAAGUUUCCACAGUGUUUUGUGACAUUUUUGAUUGGCGUAAUGUAAUAAAUGGUCCUAAUACAGAUUUUUUUCCCUUAUAAGCCAAUACGGCUACCUUUCCUUUAAGUGUAGAUGAAUAUGGCUGGUUCCAGAUGAAGUAAUCUUCAUGCAGAUAGAGGCAGAACGUUAACAUUUUCGUGGUUUAUUUGCAUGAAGCUGGGUGAAUGCAGGACUUGCUGCAGCCUGUGCAUGUUUACUUGGAAGUAAGUCUCAGCAAGUUAUAUGGAGUUUACUCCCAAAGGAGGUCUGUAGCAUUGGCACCAUGAAGCCCAGUCCUACUUCUGCUUAAUUUGGAAGCCCCCGGUGUUAGAGGAUUGACCAGCCUCAGCUAGAAGUCGGGCAUUUAGCUUUGCUGGUCUUGUGCUGUGGAAUACUCUCUUGGUAGAGAUUUGACAGGCACCCACCCUCACUUUUGACUUUCAUGCAUCUCUUGAAGACUUUUUUUGUGUGCCAACAAGAGCCUUUGCAGCUGCUAAAUUUUUAUUUUUGAUUAGCCAGUCACCUUAAGGAAUUUCUGAAUUUUUAUUCUUUAAAUAGUGCUUUAUGUUUUCAUGUACACUGCCCCAAUACGGCAAUACAGAAAUUAUUUAAUGAACAAAUAAAUGGAGAAAGUCCCACUGAGUUCAGCUUAACUUACUCAGAAGAAAGCUUGCACAGGUGCACCCUUCGAAGUGCAACAGAACUCCACUGCGUUCAAUGUGACUUACUCCCUCAUAAGUGUGUAUUUCCUAGUUAAGUGUACCUAGGUUUCUAGGCUUACUUUUAUUUCCCACAGCAUAAAUUCGCUGUGCUAUAGCCUCCUAAGCACUUUUACUCAGAAGCAAGUCCCAUUGGAUUCAAGUGGGCUACUCUUAAAUAAGCAUGCAGCUAGGAUUAUUCAAAACAUUUACGAGUUUAUCUGUGAUAAGGAUAUAGGGCAGCCUUUGCUAGCCUGGUCCCCUUGAGCUAUUUGGAACUACUAUUCCCACCAGCCCCAGCUUGCUCAACUAGGGCUGCUAAGAGUUGUAGUUCAAGGCAAAGGCUUCCAAACUGCAGUCUGUGGACCACCAGUGGCCCAUAAGCUUCAUUCUGGUGGUCCGUGGUGUGUCUGUGGAUUAGUGGCUAAAGUACAUCCUAUUAAACAUUCAUCUUGAUUUUUAACUGAUUUUCUAUGGCUUUCAUUCUGCGAAACUCAAAUUGCAAUACAAUAUAAUGUGUAGGAGACCUGUGGGUAUAGUGUGGUAUACAAAUUUAAUAAUAAGAAAUAAUGGAAGCAAUAAAAAUACAAUUUAAAACUGUCCAGCGUUUACCACAGCACAUUACAAAUGCUACCAGAGAUAGAGAGAGAAAAAUCAUUAAGUGGUCCACCAAGACCCCCAGAAGUUUUCAGUCAGUCCUUUGUGGGAAAAGUUAGGGAACCACUGAUCCAAAACAACUGAAAAGUGAAAUGUUGAUGAUGGCUGAGAAACCACACAAAGGGAUUAUGAGUGCUGAGUAUCAAUGUGAAUUUCUGAAACACUUUUUGCAUCGAAUAAGGUUGAUGAUGAGCAAAAACGGCAAAUACUUCUGUCCAACUUGCCAUCUAAGCUGGGGCUUUGUGAGGACACCACACACAAAAAGUGGUGACUGCAAGCGGUUUCUGGUGCCUUAUUGAUUUUCUUCAUCAUAUUAACAGCUGGCCAUUUCGAAAGCAGCAGAUAUAUGUGGCCAAACUGCAAUGCCAAAAAUCUUAAAAGGUCAAGUUCAGUUCAGGGUGCUUGUGGACUUUAAUUGCUUUUGAAGCUGUGGGAGAUUAACUUCUAUGGUUAACAGGUUACUGCAUCAGCAAGAUGGGGAAAAUAUUCAGGGUGUGUGGGGAAGCAAAUGUAUCAGUCAAAAAAUAAAAUGAAGACUUUUGGUUUCUGUGAAUAUCUGAAAUGAAAGGCAUGUGAAGCAUCAGGUCAGUGUGCCUUGUUCUAUUUUUAAUGUGAGGGCGAAUCUUUUAAUGUCAACCAAGUUAGCUGAAAGUGACACAGUUUUUUAAAGACCCACACCAUACUUCUAACAGAUAUUCAGUGCACAUUUAAAGGACACAACUUCACCCAAAGAAUACUGGGAAAUGUAGUUUCCUUCUCACAGAGCCAUACUUACCACACCCUUAACAAACUACAGCUCCCAGGAUUCUUUGUGGGGAUACUAGGCAUGGUAAAUGUACUUUAAAUGUACGGUGUGGAUCUUCCCUCUUUGAUGUGUCACUUGUUUCAGCAGAAGCCUUUAAGAGUAAAUGGUUUCAGGGAUUAGAAUCAGAAAUCUGGCUAUGAACAGGAAAAUAUGACACAACAGAGAAUUGCAACAAAACCUGGCUGUACAGAACGGUCCUAUUCAGUUUUCCAUCCAGACUUGUCCUUCUUAAGGAUACUCUAUUCCAUUCCCUGCCACCUCAACUCCAACAGCCAGCAAACAUUCUGUAGCCACUGAGCAUGCCCAGUCCUCAUUGGGCUGUUUGCCUCCCCCCCUUCCUAAAAAAAAUGUGUGUGCUUCUGUCGCAAAUCUUGGGGUUCCCCUCAGGCUACUGCUACCUCCUCCAUGUGAGAGGAUGGUGCCAUUUUGGUUUCUAUAAGAUUUCACACUUGAAGAAGGAGUCUGCUAUUAAUAUAUAAGGCUGCGUACACACUGCCUCAAAGAACUCUGGGCAAUGUAGUUUGUUAAGGGUUGCUGGUAAUUGUAACUGUGCUGGGUAAAUUACAGUGCCCAGAAUUCUCUGAGGGAAGAAUGUGUUUUGAAUGUGCCUUAAAGGUAGAGGGUGCCCCAUAGCCUUGGAUUAUCUGAUGGUAGUUCUAAAACACAAAUCCUGAGAAAGCAGGGAGGUGUGCAAUAGCUUGUGUUUAUUUUGCCUACGAAUGCCUGUGUGUGUGCAGCAAUCAUUUUUUUAAGUGGGCGGGCCUCUGAAGGCAGGAAUACCCUUCCUUUAUACAAUGCGUGGGCAAAUUGGCACAGGUUGAAAGAACUCGGAAGCUUUUGGAAUCUCUCCUGCUGCUUAGAAUAAAGCUAUGAACAGCGGAGGGUUGCACAGCAAGGAUCAACAUGCAGAGAAGAACCACAUGAAAUAUAGGGUGUGGGUGGCAGGGCCUGCUCCAAGACAUUUUGGCCCCUGAGGCGAAUUACAAAAUGGCACCCCCUCCUUCUCAGGGAAGAAGGAGUGAGUGAAGAUCUACCUCAGGAACAAGACGGGGAAUAAAGAUCUACCUCAGGAUCUGCUGCCCUUGUGGAUCCUGCUGCCUGAGGCAGUUGCCUCACCUUGCCUCAUGGGUGGGCCGGCCCUGGCAGGUGGCCUUUGCUCAGUGAUACAGUAGAGCAGAUCCCUCAUAUGUUAAAGGUCUCAGAGUCAAUCUCUAGUAUCUCUGGGUAGCUUGGAUUGUGUACACAUCAUAUACUUAAAUUGUAUUUAUUGAAUCUGUAUUUCACUUUCCUGAAGGAGCCCAGGCUAGCAAUUUAAAGCACCCACAAAGAAUUCUGGGAAUGGUAGUUUGUUCUGGGUGCUGGAAAGUGUGGGGGAAAACUACACUUCCCAUAAUUCUUGGGGUGGGCAAUGGGCUAUAAUUAUUGUACAUUAAGUGAAUGCUGUGCAUGUAGCCUUUAUUGCAGACUUGAUGCUGCUAAUGCACACAAAUUUUCCACAGAGUCCACGUGAUGGCAUUCUCGUCAAAAUGCCGUCCUAUAUCCAGCAGCCCUAUUUUAAACUACAUUUACUGUUUCUGUGUGGUUUUUUUAAAAACUCAUCGUAUUUUCUGAAGGAAAGGAAAAUCUGGAUUAAUUGAGAAAAGAACAUACACUGACAUUUUGUAUGAGUAGGACGUUAUGUGGCUGUUGCACAAAGCUUGUGUGCAGGAUCUCAUCUACAAUAAACUGCUAUGUGGAAGUGCCCUCAGAUUAAAAGAAAAUAUCUCUGGUUGUAGGUCUUGGGGUGGGGGUAGCAAAGACCUCCACUUGUCGAGGAAGAGUAGAUAAUACUGAACUAAAUGGACCAAUGACUUGUCUUUUGAAAUUCAGGAUAAAACACUCAUUAUUUAAAUGCUAAAUAUAUGCAUUUCGGGGGGGGGGGGCUAGGUGACCCAUAGUGUCCCUUCCAACUCUACAGUUCUUAUUCUUCUUUGAUAUAAGGCAGCUCCUGACAUUUGUGUGAUAGCGCUGAUUUUGUUUUGCGCUUAGCUGUCACCCUGUUUAAAAGGCAGAAUUGUUGACAAAGAAAUGGGGAGCCUUUGAUAUGUGAACACCUCAUGGGGAGAGGCCAUCAGAUCUUGGCUUUUUAAUCAUUUGGAAAUGCAGUGCUCAGUACUGCAUACAUGGGCUGUGAAAUGUUUUUAUUUGGCUCCAUCUGGCUGUAGAAUGUUUCAGUCUGCCUCUGUGUGUCACUGAAUGAUCACAAGAUGAAUACAUAAAGACCUUGCAAUCGUCUUGCAUCAGCUCUUAAGAGAGGCCCAGUUGCUGGAUGUGAGGUGUUCUUUGUGUUCAAGUGACUUUAACAAACAAGGCAUCCUCCAUUCCUUGAGCUUGGGACCCACAUAGUUACAUCGGUGGAGGCAAACCCCACUUACCUGACUUCCUAUGUACGGCACCUGUCAGCUUCCUACUCCUUAAGUCUUAGUAUUGCUCUUGCAAAAUUCAGCAAGGAAGAGGAUGGUGACAAUGGAAUUAGUUGGCUCUGCCUGUUGUUGUAACCUGGCUCCCCCUACUGUUUUUCUCCUUGCCUUCUGCCCUAUCGGUCAACAUGGGCACCAGGCACUACUGUGUUCGAUGGACUGUACGUGACGGCUCAUCAAACAGAAACUACAGCAGCAAAUAAUAUUUAGUAGAGAGACAUUGGGAUGGGAGGGAAUUGUGCUUGGAUGUGCGAAACCCAGAUUCUGGUUCCUGCUUUCUCAGGUAUGGAACUCGUUGCGUUAUCUUUGGACGAGUCCGUCAGCCUAGACCUCUUUGCAGGAUUCUGUCUGAAACACAGCUGAGAAUGUACAUUAAUAGCAGUAUGGUUUUUGGAAAGCUGUAGCAAUUCUCUCCGGAGUCCCACGUUACUGCCAGCAUUCUCAGCUGUUUCUCUGCCAGGGGACUGGUGUAACGAAACCUUGGCCAUUCCCCAAAUCCUCAGAAUUUUGUGUUGAUGCCAACAGUAGUGCCAACAUAAUGAAUGGGGCUCCAAGAAUUGGCAUGAAGUGCCUAUUAAACAUAGCUAUAAUUUAUAGCCUAUAAAUGGGGACUCUCUGUACCCCCCACUCUGCAUAUAAUUACCCAGAACACUGGCAUUGUAAAAAGAAAUCUUGACAUUCUGGUUUUUGUUUUUGGAAAACAAGUUCAUAGACCUGGCUUAUGAAGAUAUGACUGGGAAAUGGGUAGAUUAAUCUGUGAAGAAUUAAGCAAUCUCUAUAAUCAAUUAAAGACGUCAGUUAAGGCACACCACUUUUGUUAAUUUACUGCUUUGAUCGACUUUUCAUUACCGUCUUCUGAGCUGGAAACAAGAGGAUAACCUGGAAACUGAAGGCCCUUUUGCUGUCUUGGUUUGAUUGGCGUUAUCUUCUACCUCUAUGGAGGACUGAAGGAGAUCAGCAUUUUUGAGGUGUGACUCACCAUGGCCAGGGGGAUUUCUGCAGAAUUACAUAAGUUUCUCAAGGUCUAUGGAAAUAACAAACAAUUCCAGGAAAUCUUCGCUCUCAUAAUCAGGAGGUCAAGAAACUUUUGGUUUUCUACUGCUGUUGCUUUUUUGGAGGGGGUAUGCCUGGGAUUCACUUUGCACAUCAUAAAAGCCUUACUUCUGUGUUGAAAUAAAAAUAAAACCCUUACAUGGAUGGCUGAAAUGCAUGCAUACAUACAUGUAGCAAAAUGUAAGAAGAGCCUCCUGGCCCAUCUUGUCCAGAAUCCUGUUCUCACAGUGGCCAACCAGAUGCCUGUGGGAAACAUGUGCGGGACCAACAAACUUAACUAUCAGUAUCAGGUCUGGAGAACCUGUGGCCUGAGGUCUGAAUGCGAUGCUUCAGAGCAGUCUGUCUGGCCCUUGAGCUUCUCCCCAGACCAGCCCUGCGCUGCACUCUCCUCGAGUGCUCUUGCCUGAUUGGAACAUGUCAUUGAACUGUGACAAUAUUCCUGCCUUGUUGGGGUGCAGGAUGAAGAAAUGUGUUUGUAGGUAGCAGCAGUGGCAGUAUGUCCUCUUUCGCCGCUUGAGGCUGUGCCUUCAAAUCUUAUUUUUUUCCUUAAGCACACUUAUGGUGGGUUUCUGGAUGAAACAUCGGCUCUGGAUCCAUUCCAGUCUGGCUUCCGCGCUGGUCAUGGGACCGAGACGGCUCUGGUCGCCCUAACAGAUGAUCUCCGCAGGCAGCUGGAUCGAGGCGGGUCGGGGCUGCUGAUUCUUCUAGACCUGUCAGCAGCCUUCGACAUGGUUGAUCACGAACUCCUGGACCACCGCCUUGCCGACGUGGGGAUCCAGGGCACAGUCCUUCAAUGGCUGCGCUCGUUUCUCUCCGGUCGGGGACAGAGGGUGGCGCUUGGGGGGGAAUUGUCAUCCCGCCACUCCUUGGUGUGUGGAGUGCCUCAGGGUGCGAUACUCCCCCGAUGCUUUUUAACAUCUUUAUGCGCCUCGCCCAGCUUGUCCGGAGUUUUGGGCUGGGUUGCCAUCAGUAUGCCGAUGACACCCAACUCGUAUCUGUUGAUGGAUGGCCAUCCUGACUCGGCCCCAGACACACUGACCAGAUGUUUGGAAGCUGUGGCUGGAUGGUUACGCGGAAGCCGGUUGAAGUUAAAUCCUUCGAAGACAGAGGUCCUCUGGCUGGGACGGGACGAUAUGGGAUUGGGGGCAACUCCCAUCUCUUGCGGGGUGCAAUUAGUGCCAGCACCGUCCGUUAAGAGUUUGGGUGUAAUCUUCGAUACCUCCCUCUCUAUGGAGGCGCAGAUUACAGCUAUAACAAAGGCGGCAUUUUUCAUCUCCGCCAAGCUAAGCAGUUGGCCCCUUAUCUCUCUCGCCCUGACCUAGCCACUGUGAUCCACGCGACGGUCACCUCCAGACUGGAUUAUUGUAACUCGCUCUACGUGGGGCUGCCCUUGAGACUGACCCAGAAACUCCAGCGGGUGCAGAAUGCCGCGGCGAGACUCCUUAUGGGGUCUUCGCUGCGAGAUCACAUUCAUCCGGUACUAUACCAGCUGCACUGGCUCCCGGUGGAGUACAGGAUCAGGUUUAAGGUGCUGGUUUUAACCUUUAAAGCCCUAUACGGCCUAGGACCCUCGUACCUACGGGACCGCCUCUCCUGGUAUGCCCCGCAGAGGAACCUACGGUCUGCAAAUAAAAACAUCCUGAAGGUCCCAGGCCUCAGAGAGGUUAGGCUGGCCUCAACUAGAGCCAGGGCUUUCUCGGCCGCGGCUCCAAUCUGGUGGAACGCUCUGUCACAAGAGACUAGGGCCCUGCGGGACCUGACAUCUUUCCGCAAGGCCUGCAAGACAGAGUUGUUCCACCAGGCCUUUGGUCAGGGCCCAGCCUGACUCCCACCUCUGGCAACCUGCACAGAACUUUGCUUAACGGUUGCCAUUAAUUUGAUUUUAAUUAAUUUUUAUAAUGAAAUGUUUUAGAAUGUUGGAUUAUCUGAUUGUUUGAUUAUUUGUUUGUUGUUAGCCGCCCUGAGCCUGGCUUUGGCUGGGGAGGGCGGGAUAUAAAUAAAAUUUAUUAUUAUUAUUAUUAUUAUUAUUAUCUACUGCCAGUGCAAAAGGGUGCAACUUCCACUGGCGUGGGAGAUCAUAAUGAACUCCAACUAUUCCCUGAAGCUAUAAUUACAAUGGAUACUGCAUAGAUCAAAUCUAGUUUGACAGCAUGAUGGCUUCAUUUAUGUACACAAAUGCUCAGAGGCAGUAAUUGGCUUAUGUAUUAUGAAGCUAAUUGUAAUAGAUUUUGCUGGUAAUAAUAUUUUGCAGCGUUUUAUUGCUUCCUCUAAUAAAAUGGAGCUUCUCAGGAUGACUCCUGUGAUAGAUUCCUAUGGCUGGAUAUAUGUGCAGCUGCAUGUGCAAAUGAGCCACAUUGUAGGCGAGAUAUUUCUUGAGCACUGGGUGCACUGAUUUAGUGUAUCUGACACACCUAAACUGCACAAACACUGGGCGAAUCCCUGCCAGUCUAAACAUAAGACUGGGAGAUUAAUUAAUCAGCACAAGUGACCCAGUUCAACUUGUGGUGCAAUUAUUGCACAAAAUCCCAUGUAACUUAUAUAACUUAUAUAUUGCCUCUCACAUUUCCUGUUUGGUUAGAAGUUGCUCACCCAGCUGCCAGUAUGUGGCAGUAUUAUACCAAAUGGUACAAAAAACCUGGCAAUGUUAGUUUUGCAUUGCUUCCUAUUGAGUUAUAAUGUCGGUUUAUAGUUGCAUUUAAGUUGUUUAUCAAGGGUGCUUUGUGUAAUGUGUUUGAGAGUGUGUGUAUGGAAAGAGAGCACCAAUGUGGUGUACUGGUUAGAGUCUCCUAGGGCCUGGGAGACCAGGGUUCAAAGCCCCACUCAGUCAUGAAGCUUAAAGGUAAAGGUAAAGGGACCCCUGACCAUUAGGUCCAGUCAUGGCUGACUCUGGGGUUGCAGCGCUCAUCUCGCUUUAUUGGCCGAGGGAGCCGGCGUACAGCUUCCGGGUCAUGUGGCCAGCAUGACUAAGCCGCUUCUGGUGAACCAGAACAGCGCACAGAAACGCUGUUUACUUUCCCGCCAGAGUGGUACCUAUUUAUCUACUUGCACUUUGACGUGCUUUCAAACUGCUAGGAGGGCAGGAGCUGAGACUGAGCAAUGGGAGCUCACCCCGUUGCAGGGAUUCGAACCACUGACCUUCUGAUCGGCAAGCCCAAGGCUCUGUGGUUUAGACCACAGCGCCACCCACUGUGGUCAUGAAGCUUACUGGGUGACAUUGGACCACUUACCUUCUCUCAGCCUAGUCUCCUUCACAGGCUUGUUGUGAGGUUAAGACAGGGAGGGGGAGCCAUGUAUGCUUCCUGGAGCUCCUUGCAGGAAGGGCAAGAUAGAAAUGUCAGGAUUAAAUAAACGUGUACUGUAUAUUGAACUAAGAUAUAUAUAUAUAUCCAACUAAGUUGUACCUAGAGCAGAUCUAUUGAAAUGAUCACAUGGGCAUGACUGACUUAAGCCCAUUGAUUUCAACAGACCUACUCUGAGUAGGACUUACUUGGGUACAAUUCAUGGGCAACCAUUCUAACAAGAUAUAAUUACAGGUCACGGCCCAGAGUUUGAGGAAUUAUUCCACAUCCAAAAGUCAUAUUUUCUAAAUCAGGUCUUAGUUGAGAGUUAAACGAUCAUCUGACAAACAAACACACACACACACAGAGGAGAGAGAGAGUCCUGAUAAAUUCAGAAAGAGUCAUUCUUGUUCUUCUUUUUCAGCAAAAUGAUGCUCCAACACCCUGGCCAGGUGUCUGCUUCGGAAGUCAGCGCCACUGCCAUUGUCCCGUGCCUGUCUCCUUCGAUGUCCCUGGGUUUUGAAGACUUCACAAAUCUAACUCCGCUGGUGAAAGAAGAAUUGAGAUUUGCCAUCCAGAACAAGUGUCUGUCGCACAGGAUGUCCUCCACGUUGGACACAGUCAUGGUUUCGGACAGACCUGGGGAAAUGUCUGUUUUGAAAGCAGAGGUGCUCCUUCUUUUAAUUGCUUGUUUUGCUUUCACAUUCAGUAAUGGCGUUCUAUUUAAACAAGAACAAAACAGAAAGUAGGGGGGUGGGGAGGAACUAAAACCAGUAGAUAAUUGUUCAAUGAACUUUCCAAUAGGAAAACUGUAUUAUACAUAAGGCAGGAGUCUGCACUAAUACCUCCCCACCCCAUCACAGACAAUGAUCUGUGUGUAUUUGAAUGAAAGUGGCUUUGUGAAAGGCUGCAACUGCGUUAGUGCCAAGCUGGAGCCUUGGUGUGCACUGCAUGUACUUCUGAAUCAUGUGCUCUUGGGAAGGAGUCAUAGCUCCGUGGUACACUUGGGGGAGAUGCUGAUAACUAAUUAAGUAUAAACUUGGCCCACUUGCAAUAUUGAUACAUCAUCUGGAUGUGCCCAAAGUCAACCAAUUUACCUCUCUCUCUGAAUCUUGCUCUAGUGUGCGCCUGAAGAUGAAAGGAAAAGGCGACGGAGGGAAAGGAACAAGAUUGCAGCAGCCAAGUGUCGAAACAAAAAGAAGGAGAAGACGGAAUGUCUGCAGAAGGUAAGUCGGAUGCUAUCUGGGCACAGAAGAUGCGAAAGAGGAGGUGUGCGUUUGUGUGUUUAACAGAAGAAUGGUUCAGAACUUCCGCUUUUAUAUUUACCCUCUUUUCCUGUGCCUAGGAAUCGGAGAAGCUGGAAACCAUCAAUGCAGAACUGAAGGCUCAGAUUGAAGAGCUGAAGAACGAGAAGCAGCAUUUGAUCUACAUGCUUAACCUGCACAGGCCCACCUGCAUCGUCCGGGCCCAGAACGGGAGGACGCCGGAGGACGAAAGGAACCUCUUCAUUCAGCAGAUAAAAGAAGGAACCUUGCAAGGCUAA